CCAUGUGACUUCUGACGUUUCAGCCGAGUCCUACUAAAAGAAUUUGAGGGGAUGAUCCUGCUGCUCACCAAGGGGAUCCACGGUGGCUUCCUGACGUCUGCUUUAAGGAAGUCCGAAAGUUGCUUACCGAUAGACCUUUUUUCUAACCAGGAGACUGACUCGUGAUGUCUGACGAACGGGUUGGACAAGAGGCUAUGAAUGUGUACUCGAUAACCCUGAGCGGCCCAGCGCCUUGGGGCUUCAGGCUGCAGGGUGGCAAGGACUUCAGCAUGCCCCUCACCGUGUCAAGGCUGACCCCCGGCGGGAAGGCAGCUCAGGCUGGUGUCGGGGUGGGAGACUGGGUGGUGUCCAUCAAUGAGACUAAUGCAGAGGACAUGACCCAUGUGGAGGCACAAAACAAGAUCAGAGCAGCAACAGACUCUCUCACCCUCACCCUCAGCAAAGCUUUCAAAACGGGCGGAGACGAGAAGGACUCGCUUGCUCCGGCUUCUGUUCAGCCAAAGUACUCCUUUGCCCCCAGCACAACAAUUAACAAGAUGGCGAGGCCUUUUACAGCAGGUGGUAGCGCCAACUCAGGACCUGUUAUUAAACCUGUGGCCUACUCGCCUAAACUUAACACUCCACGCUCACAGGGCCAUGCCAGCAUGCAGCAGCCACAGAAUGGGCACGGCCUCAGGGUGGAGAACCUGCCCUGUUUUAUCCCCAACGACUGCAGCAAGAAGAGGUUGAUCCAAGACACUGAGGACUGGCAGCCCCGCACCGGCACCACCCAGUCGCGCUCCUUCCGCAUCCUGGCCCAGCUCACAGGCACCGACUUCAUGCAGGACCCAGAUGAUGAAAACAUGAAGAGGUCCAGCCUUGAGCCAACUCCCUCACCUGCCAAGGCCCAGGCAGCAGAUAAACCAGAUGGCUCCAAGACUGCAGCUGCAGCAGCAGGCAGCUCAGGUCCUUCCUCUCGACCGCCGUGGGUCACAGAUCCUAAUUUUGCCGACCGCUUUCGCCCAGACAAGACCAGCACCGUUGUGACCCAGCACCAGCAGCCGGCUCAACCGACGCCUAUGCAGAACCGCAGCUCAAUUCUGCAGGCAGCGCAGCAGGCACCCGAGGACAGCGGGAGGACCCCGGUAUGUGGCGCCUGCAACAAAAUCAUAAGGGGUCGGUACCUGGUGGCUCUGGGACGUUCUUGGCACCCCGAGGAGUUUAUGUGUUCGCAGUGUAAGGUGGUCCUGGAUGAAGGGGGCUUCUUCGAGGAGAGAGGGUCUGUCUACUGUACCAAGUGCCACGAUAACCGCUAUGCUCCAAACUGUGCUAAGUGCAAGAAGAAGAUCACUGGGGAAAUCAUGCAUGCCCUGAAGAUGACCUACCAUGUUCAGUGUUUCAAGUGUGCGGCCUGCAAGACUCCCAUCAGGAACCAAGCCUUUUACAUGGAGGAAGGCGAACCCUACUGUGAGAAAGACUAUGAGAAGAUGUUUGGCACUAAAUGCCAUGGCUGUGACUUUAAGAUUGACGCCGGGGACCGGUUUCUGGAGGCCUUGGGCUACAGCUGGCACGAUACGUGCUUCGUCUGUGCUCUCUGCCAAAUCAACCUGGAGGGGAAGACGUUCUACUCGAAGAAGGAUAAACCCCUGUGCAAAGGCCAUGCCUUCGCUCCAGUGUGAGUGAGCGUGAGCUUCAUCUGCAGCGGAAGGAACACUUCUCUCGCUUCUCUUUACCCUGCUCCGCCCUCCGGCACACGGGUGCACUCUCCGCGUCUCAUUCUUGCAAACCACACACCUAGUUAAAACUCUGUCUUUUUCUACGCUGCAGACUUUGUUUCUAUAUUUGAGGCUGAAUGUUAGCUUCAUGUGCUGUUACUUCACUGUGCAGUUAGGAAAAUUCAAAUGUUACUGCCUGUAAUAUCAAAUGCUGUGUUAUAUAACUGGAAGUAGUCAAGGAAUUAUUUCAUGCCAUCUCUAACUUGUUGACUUAAAAGCCAUUUUUUUUUUUUAGAUUGGACAGUAAAAAUGCAGCUGCAAUUCAUCUAGCCUUCUAGUCUUUAGAGAAUAAUUCUGAUGACUCUACUGAUCCCUUCCUUGUUCAGUCUGAAGUAACAUCAAGCAGUAUCUUCCAAGUUGGAGGAGUCACUUAGCCCCUAAUAUUCUCACAUUGUGUAGUAAUGAUCUGCCACUGCUAAGUGCAGAGAAAUGGUGGCCCCAUUCAGGACCCCAGCCCACUCACUGACUUUUACUGCACUGCCGAUUAAUAUAAUGGGGGUCCAGUCAAGCAGAAAAGGGGGUGUCCCAUUUCUGCCUGACUGGACCCUUGCACCUCUCCAUAGAAGCACUAACGGCUUUGCUUAUCACUUUGGCUUCUGCAAAUCAGGCAUGAACUGCAGUUAAUGGCUGUAGUUAGGAAUCAUGUAAUAAUCCUUAAUUGAGUCCGUUUUAGUAAUCACACAUGACAAAAUGCUGUUAUUGUUUUUAAAUGGUAGGUAAGGAGGUUUGUUAAAGCUUUAUCUUUUAUUGGACAAUUUUAAUGUAUGAAAAAUCAAACUAAAAAGGUGAUUUUGUCCCUCAUGUUACUAAGAUGAUGUGAUUGUUCCUUAGAGUACUUUCAAGCCAUUGUUUAAUACGUAUUUAUAUUGCUUCGGUAUGGGCCUGUAAGUGUUGUUUUUAUAGCUGCUGGACAUUGCAAAUAAAAUCAGUCAGUAAUUCCA